AUGCCACGCUUCUGCCCGCCUCCGCCGCCGCCGCCCGCCUCGCCCGCUCUGCCGGCUGCAGACUGGACUUUUGUGGCCGACGCUAGCGGCGGGUGGGCGACGCACUUUCGGUUCCAGCCCUCCUGGGGCGCCAACGCGUCGCUCUCGCGUGGCCACCUCGUGAACCGGCUCUCCGGAGGGUGCGUCAACCUGCGUUCGGCUGGCAGCGUGCGCGGUCACUCCAACGGCUCGCCGCAGAACGUCGGCGCACCGCCGAGCGACUCGACCGAGCUUGUGCCCUCGCCGGAGCUGGCGGCCUUCCACACGCUGCGGAGCCGCGCUGCCGCUUCCUCGGAUGCCUCCUCGGGCGCGGGCGGCUGCGUCCCGCCGCCUGCGGCGAGCUUCCAGUUCGUGGCCCAGGGAACGUCCAAGGAGCCGCUGACCCUGCAGGCCGGCGCCGACGGCCUCCUCGCAGCCGCGCGAGGGUGCCCUCGCGACAGCUGCCGCUUCCAGCUCCUGCCGGCGGGCGAGGGCGGCGCCGGCUGGUUCCAGCUCCGCUCGCUCAGCACUGGCCGGCUCGUGCGGCUGGCGCACGCGGCGAUGCCGACGGAGGCGUCGUGGGGCGGCGCCCGGCCGCCCUUCGCGCGGCCAAAGCAGCGCCCGCCGCGAGCGCGAGCACGGCGAGGCGAGGUGGCCUGCCCGAUUGGGGCCGGGGCGGCGGACAGUCCGGCGGGGUGGAGGUACAACGCGACGCUGUGGGGGCCGGUGGUUGCCGCUGCGCUCGCCCCGUGGGCGGAGGGCGAACUCACGGCCUCCGUUCUCGACCUCGCCUUCUCGCCGCACAUGUACCCCGCCGGCCGCCGGCACGCGCUGCCUGGGUUGCACGUGAGCGUCAGAGAGGGCAGGCUCUACUACCGCGCCAACUCGGACUACCGGCUCACGCUCGUGCUCGACAUGCUGCGCACAGUGGCGAGGCUCGUCCGGCUCCCCGACGUCGAGUUCGUGCCGCGGCAGCAUCCCCUCCCCGUCCUCGCCCACUACGUCGACGUGGCCCACCGCGACAUCGCCAUGCCCGCGCCCUGGUCCUGGGACGACAAGGCGCACCGCUGGCCGCAGCCGUUCAGCAAGCUGCGCUCCGGCGGCUGCCCGAAGCCCUACGCGAGCCGCAAGCCGCUCCUCUACUUCCGCGGCGGCUGCAACGGGCCGACCCGCGGCUGGCGCGGGCCCAUCUGGCAGUUUUACCCGCGCAAGCGCGCCAACAUCCACACGGCCUCCCGCCCCGGCGCCGUCGACGCCGGCACGCACGACCACUGCGACGAGCCAGCUGAUUGA